UAAUGACCGAUCGAACUCUUUGUUGUUCUGGCUGGAGCUGAGAGCCUGUACCUUUUACCAGUCCAUCAUCGGAGGGGGUGGCCUGGCUCCAAUAAAAGAAUGUGACACUUGCACGGAAUAAUGGAAAUGGACGUCACACGGUUUGUUUGGUUUGAGGACCACAAACAGUAGAGACUAUUACAUCAGGAGGGAGGCAUUAAAGUCCACUGAACUGGGGCUGGGUUUGUAGAUAAGGCCCUGCGUAAAACUGCAACAACAAAUACAAAUGGAAAUGUAUGAAAUGUAUCAUGAUCGGGAAUUUAGCUAGGAGGGAAGAAAAAGCAGCAAGUGACAUACUGAUUGCAAUGAGCUCUUACAGUCUCCAUUACAGUCUUGCUGUUGUUGCCUCCUCCCGCUAGGCACACAUGCAUCCUCACACACUCGCUACCACCAGCCUGCGUAGUUCAACACAAAUAAAGGGCGAAAGGAGCACAGAGCGCACUCUUGAGCACUCACGCCCACCCCAGCUAUGACCUGCUGCAGGGCCCCCUUUCCUGGCAACGGGGGGUCUGUGUGUGUAGAUAUCACCACUUUGGGUAAAGUAAACCCCAUCAGCUUACCUGAGUUUUCCUCCACCUCUCUCUCAUCGGUGCACACGCCCUGGCCGUGCAUGAGCGAGUGCAGCGGCCUCUCGAUGCCCCGCGGGGGGUAGCAGCGCAGGCCGGUGCCGCAACGUGGCGAGUAGACGCCACAGUGCGCCCCUUUGAGGAGGGCACACGUGGGGCAGCAGCCGCAGCCAGGCUCUCGCACCGUCUCCUCGCAGUUGUCCGGCAGUUGACAGCUGGCCAGCCUCUCCUCGGAACACACCGGGCAGCGGAUGGCCUGGUCGGAUAAGCACAGCGCCGCCAACGUCAAAGUUGAGAGAGCCCACAGGCCCCAACGGGAUGGAGCGGCUGCCACGCCGCCACCACGCACCAUGGCAGCACCUGGAUCUGCGGUCCCUUUACGCUUCUUUGUUCAGAGUGGGGUGCAGAUUGGAGAACAACAGUGGGGGUCUGACAGAAACUCCUUGUCCAGGAUGGUCUUUGAUAUUUUCAAUUGCAGGGACACAAUGCCUCGUCUGUACUGAUUCAGUGGAACAUGGCAGAAAUAGAAAGAAGCGUGCUCUUGGUCUGCUUCGUUGAGAAGAAAAUGAAUAUCCACUUGAGUCUUGAGUCUUGUUGCCGAAACCAAAGUGAACAACAGCUGUAGACUCUUGCUACUGCUGGGUCUGCAAUGCAAAGAAUGGCUCAAGUUGAGUGGCUCUCUUUGGACUUUAUACUGGCCAGUGGACACGCCUCUUUCUACAGUGAGAGAGGAGCUGAAAGGCUUAGCAGAGAAAAGCUCUCUCGCCCUCGCUCGCCCUCACUCACUCUCGCUCUCUCGCUCUCGCUCUCGCUCUCUCGCUCUCUCGCUCUCACUCUCCUGCUCACAAACACAAUUUGACUCUCUCCGCUGGUCCUUUCCUCCUUUCCUUGACAACAGCACAGAGAAGCGAAUGACAGAACGCUCUCACAUUGGCCCCAUCGUUUGCAAGAGUCUGCAGGCCUCAGACCACAUGCUGUCCUUUGCUAGUGGAAGCAAUAAAAGGGAAAUUGACAGUCUGAACCCCCACCCCCACCCCCCCAGUAAGUGCAGGGCGGGUGGCUGCUUGCCACGGUGGGCCAUGGGCGGCCGCCAACACUUACAUCUCAGGGAUCUCUCCCGGACCCUGCGUGGUGAUGUUGCAGUCAUUCCUUCUUCGCAGAAAGUGGUGGAAGGUGGAAUCUUCCCCUCCAACAUCUCCGGCUGCACACCGCACAGCAGAGCAACGUUUUCCAUCAUGAACACAGACAAGAAUCCUGGAUGUAUCCCCCCGGACAGAAAUGGGAUGAACAGAUACACUGCCAGUGUGGAUGCAGAGCCGCUGGAGGAGAAAGAGAACAGCGCCAUCUUGCAGUGUGUUGAAGGUACGAUAAAGGUGGAGUCUGAAGAGACUGAAAGCAAUGAGAUGUAUCCCCGGGCUGAGAAAGAAGGAGCGAUUUUUGAGGUGCAAGACGGGGCCAUCGAGGAAGGAAUGGAGGAAGGAUACGACGGAGACAGGACAGAGGAUGAUGACGAGAAUGAUGAAGAGAAGGAUUACAUGAACGAACCGGAGGACCUGUCGCUGGUUGACUAUUCUCGCUACAACAGCGCAGCGAUGCAGGACGCCUCUGUGGGGGCGCCGCCAGACAGGCCUUGCACGACUGGAACGAUGAGUCCCCAUUUGCAGUCGUCGGGGAAGCUCAGCUGUGACAUCUGCGGCCUGUCGUGCGUCAGCAUCAACGUGCUGCUGGUGCACAAGCGCAGCCACACAGGUGAGAGACCAUUCCACUGCACUCAGUGUGGAGCUUCCUUCACCCAGAAGGGGAACCUUCUUCGCCACAUCAAACUGCACUCCGGGGAGAAGCCUUUCAAAUGUCCCAUGUGUAGCUACGCUUGCCGCCGUCGUGACGCCUUGAGCGGCCACCUGCGCACGCACUCUGUCGAGAAGCCCUUCAAGUGCAACCUGUGCAGUCGCAGUUACAAGCAGCGUAGCUCCCUGGAGGAGCACAGGGAGCGAUGCCACGUGUACGCUCACGGCAACGCUGCUCCUGACAAUGACGACAGCCAACCAUCACAGACUCAGAUGGGCAGCAAGCGGGCUUUGCUGCUUGACAGGCUUGCCAGCAACGUUGCCAGACGCAAGAGUUCAAUGCCUCAGAAGUUCACUGGUGAUAAUGGCGUCUGUCUGGACUUGAGCUUUAACAAGGAACACGCGGAUGACCUUCCGUUUAGCUCAGCAGCAUCUGAAGCCCAACGCCAGCAGCCGUUAAUGCACGCGGGUCAUCCCCAACGGCCGUACGCCACCCUGUUGAGCCGCGAUGACGUCAGUCCAAUGAGCCUCGCCAACGGCCACAGGAUGACCGUGCAACUGCCGGGCCCCCCUCACGCGCCCCAAGCGCCUCUUGGCAUGGAUGCCUUCCACCCCGAUGGCUCCCAGAUCUCCCAACCCCUCAUGUACGGCUCAGUGCACCUGCUGGGUGGGCUCAACCAUCAGAACGGGAUCUCACCCUCCCAGCCCGUUUCCUUCUCCUGCCUGGAAGCUUUGCGGGAAUUGUGGUCCGACAGAAAGGCCGGAGCCCUGCCCGGGGCGGUGUACCCUUGCAGCCACUGCAAGGUGAUCUUUCUUGACUACGUCAUGUUCACCAUCCACAUGGGUUGCCACGGCUUCCGAGACCCGCUUGAGUGCAACGUGUGCGGCCACCGCAGUCGGGACCGUUAUGAGUUCUCCUCACACAUAGUCCGUGGGGAGCACCGGCUGGACAUGAAGUAGCACACACACUCUCUUACAGUCACGUGACCAAAAUAAGAGAUCCCAUGGGGUACCCCAUGUACUGUACCCUUUGAUGUCGACAACCCGGCUAUGUCAGUCCUGCUCUUCUUCGUUCUUAUUGCUUAUUAUUCAAUACCAAAAUAGCUAUUGAUUAAUUGGAUAAUGGAUUCAUCGAUUAAUUGUUGCAGCUCUUAAAAUGUGAAAGCCAUAGGGGUCGUUUCUAUUGAAAAAUGUGGACAUGUAGUAUUGCUCGCUUCAUCAUUAUCCCUACAGCAACUUAACUAUUGUUGAGCUAUCUUCGGAAAUGUUCAACUUUUUUCUUGACUUUUCAUUAAAAGUCAAAAAUCAUUAAUUUACAACUUAGUCCCGUAACAUUACCAAUUUUUAUUGUAAAUUGCUGACUUUUUUCCUUGUUAAUUUACAACAUUAUUCUCGUAAUAUUAUGACUUUUUUCUUGUACAUGUACAACUAUUCUCGUUGAUGUACGACUUUUUUCUCAUUAAUUUAUGACUUAAUUCUCGUAAUAUUCCAACUUUUUUUCUCGUAAAUUUAGGACUUUAUUCUUAUAAUAUUACAACAUAUUCUCGUAAUAUUAGGACUUUUUUCUUGUACAUUUAUGACUUUAUUCUCAUUGAUGUACGAUUUUUUUCUUGUUAAUUUACAGCUUUAUUCUUAUAAUAUUACAACUUUUUUCUCUAAAAUUGAUGACUUUUUUUAAUCGUUAAUGUACGACUUUAGUCCUGUAACAUUAACACGUUUUUUUGUAAGUUUACGACUUUUUCUUGUUAAUAUACAACAUUAUUCUCAUGAUAUUACCACUUUUUUCUCAUUAAUUAACAACUUUAUCCUCGUAAAUUUUGGAUUUUAUUGUUGAAAUCUCAGAUUUUAAAUAUUUUUUUCCAAUGUGGCCCUAAUACGCCGUCAUACUUACAACAUAUCACACUAAUGCUCAGGAAUUAUUUGUUCACAUUGAGAUGUAGUUUUCCAGUAUCACCACAUCUAGACCUACCCUGCAUUGGUUUUAGCGUUAUCAGGUAACAAAGGGUGAAGAAUAAGCAUUUUCCCCUGCUUGAGAAUAAAAUGCAAAUGUAGUUCUGCUGUGUUUGUAUGUGAAACUAAAAAUCACUUUUCUACA